AUGAAAAACUGGUUGCCACUCUUAGUCAUAUGCCUGAAAUUGGCUUCCUUAGCUACCCUAAUUUACCUAAAGUGGACAAGCCAACAGUUGGGAGAAAAAAGGAGCUCCUUCCUCUUCUUCUACUUCACUUCAUUUAUACUAUAUGCCAUCUCGUCCCUUUCCGAUCCUGGAUACCUCACCACAUGUCCACUCACGUACUUGAAAGAUGAUGAACGUAAUGAGUUCAAAAAGGUCUUAAAAGAGAAAAAUAAUCAACAUAAAACAGAAAGAAAAUUAUCUCUAGCCUCAUCCACCACAGUUGACCAGAUAUCAUCUUCGGGUUCAUCUUCGGGUUCAUAUUCCGAUUCAUCUUCGGAGGAGCUGGAAAGCCUCACCAUCAUCCACCAUGCGAAGGAAAAUACAAUAAUAACAGAAAAGGGAAUAAGAAAAAAUCAAAAAGGUGGAACUACUGUAUGCCACAAUCAACGGGAAAAUAACAUAGUGCACCAAGAAGACAACUGUAGAAUAUGUAAGAACAAGAAGAACAUAACAAAAUUUAUGAACACAGUUCAUGGAACAGCAGACAGAAAAAGAGAUGAGACAAAAUUUGAAGGAUUUUCCAAAUGUUCAUUGCUGAAUAAGUUGAAUAAUGGAAACUCUCAUAUCACACGUGAUAGUAUGGAAAGUGUUAGCGUCCUACAUACCACCAUAGAACGACACAACAAUGGCGAACUAGACACGAAGCAUUAUCCUUCGAAGAGCAAAUGGGAUACCAACCCGAGAGUGAAAUCCAGAGAUAGAGGUAGAGAUAGCGAAAAAAAAAUGCAACUCCUUUCACUUAAAUCUCUUAAAAUGAGACAGAAGAAGAAGAAGAAGAAGAAAAAACAAAGGAAUGGGAUGUACAGGCACAAACUUCUACCCCUAACAGAGUCCUGUCACAUAACACACGACAAUCGAAGAUAUCAUGAGGCGGAACCAUCUCCAAUGUAUAAGACAAUACAAACCAAACGAAUUGAUAAAAGUGAAAUAAUAUUUUCCACGGAUAUUGAAAUGAAACUGUCUAAAAUUUUCCGCUUACGUAAGAGUAAAGUAUAUCAGUAUGGACAACAACUGACAUACUGCUCCCUAUGCAACCUUGUUCAGAUCCUUCGAAGUAAACACUGCCAUACGUGUCAAAAGUGUGUAUGCACAUUCGACCACCACUGCCCAUGGAUGAAUAAUUGCAUUGCAGAAAAUAACAGAAUUGCCUUUUUACUUUAUCUCUUUUUUGAAGACAUUAAUAUUUUUCUCGCCUUAAAGGAACUUGUUCACGUCAUUUACAAAAUGCUGCUUUGUGAAAAUGGGUUCAUGGUUUUUCGCUUGGCUAGUAACACUCUUCAUUAUUCUCUCUUUCCUUUUCAUAAUAAUUUCUUGUCUCAGUAUUUAUCACUUAUAUUUAUGCUUAGUAAGUGUAUAAACGAAACUACAUAUGAAAAUGUGAUGCGAUUUAAAAAUAUACCACAACUGAAGAACUCAAAGAGGAAUCUAACUGACUCUCACUCCAACAUCUUAAGUUAUCAACAGAACCUUUUAAUUUACUUUUCCAACUUUUUUCUUCCAAGUUGGAUAUUCCCUCAAGUCCUCCGAUCUUAUGUGUCAAAUUUGAUGCAUCCCACGAGUGUCCCCACGCAGGGCCACAACGGGGAGAUCUUCUGGAAGCCAAGCCAGAAAUCGCCCGUUCGGGGUUCCCCUUUUUUUUUCUCAAUUUUUAAAAUGCGUAGAAUUUCCUCUGACCCAUGGCCCAUCUGUUUUGCCUCCUAA